AUGGCUUCCUUACGAGUAUCAUCGUCUGCGUUCUCGCACAAGGCGCUCAUAGCAAGUCAGACGCGGUUGCACUUGGUCGCGCCUCGCGCAAUUACCAGCUCCAGAUGUUUGGUACCCGGGCGGAAUGUACGGUUGCCAAAGGCCGGGCAGGUACGCUGGAUGUCAACAGAGAAGCCAGGAACCCUUGCACCGAAGAUUGAGCGCGGCGGAUCCAAGUUGUUCAAGGAUGCGGAUUCGGCCGUUGCAGACAUUAAGAGCGGGUCGACUAUUUUGAGCUCUGGGUUUGGCCUUUGUGGUGUUGCGGAAACCCUCAUCAAUGCGAUGCACCGGCGUGGCGCAGAUCAAUUACACUCGCUUACGGCCGUGUCGAAUAACGCUGGUGCACCUGGAAGAGGCGGAUUGUCCACACUGACGCAUGGCGGACAAGUCAAUCGCUUGAUCCUGUCAUAUUUGGGUAACAACAAGGCUCUUGAGAAGAAGUACCUUACUGGAGGAAUCGCAAUUGAGCUAUGUCCCCAGGGCACGCUUGCGGAGCGACUUCGAGCCGGCGGUGCUGGAAUUCCAGCCUUUUUCACUCCAACUGGUGCUCAUACUUUCAUUCAGGAGGGAAAGAUUCCCGUGCGCAUGGACGAAAAAGGCCAGGUUGUCGAGUCGGGCAAGCCACGGGAAUCGCGUGAAUUCAAUGGCAAGACCUAUUUGAUGGAGACUGCCUUGACCGGUGAUGUUGCUAUUUUGCGAGCAUGGAAGGCUGAUGAGGCUGGCAAUUGUGUGUUUCGUUACACAACGAAAGCAUUCUCUCCUAUCAUGGCCAAGGCAGCAACCUUGACCAUUGUCGAAGCUGAGAACAUUGUCCCGAUUGGUUCGAUCGAUCCCAACGACGUGGAUCUACCCGGGAUCUUCGUGGACCGCGUGGUGCCCGCAACAGAUGACAAACACAUUGAGAUUGUGAAGUUGCGUGAGGAUGAGUCGGAUCCCAGCAAUGGCAUUGUUAAGGACGGGGCACAAAUCGAGAGAGAACGAAUUGGUCGCAGGGCGGCAAAGGAGUUGAAACACGGAUACUAUGUCAAUCUGGGGGUUGGUAUUCCUACCCUGGCCCCAUCAUUCUUGCCAAAGGAUGUGAAGGUCUGGAUUCAAUCCGAGAAUGGCAUUCUCGGCAUGGUAAGCUAUCAACCAUAUCUCCGAUCUAUUGACAAAAACGAGACUGAUUUCCUACAGGGCGCAUAUCCGACUAAGGACGAAGUUGAUCCCGACAUCAUUAACGCCGGCAAAGAAACUGUCACGCUAGUCCCUGGUGCCUCAACUUUUGAUAGCACUGAGUCAUUUGGCAUGAUCCGCGGUGGACAUGUUGAUGCCCUCCAAGUCAGCGCAAACGGCGACCUUGCCAACUACAUGAUCCCGGGCAAAGUUUUCAAGGGCAUGGGCGGCGCCAUGGAUCUUAUCUCCAAUCCAGACCAGACCAAGAUCGUUGUGGCUACGAGCCAUGUCGCGAAGGACGGUUCGCCCAAGAUUGUUCAAAAGUGCAGCCUGCCAUUGACGGGUGCCAAUGUUGUGAGCACGAUUAUUACAGAUUUAUGCGUCUUCCAGGUCAAUCGGGCCUCGGGUGAACUGACACUGACGGAGCUGGCUCCGGGCGUUGAGGUUGAAGAAGUGCGCAGCAAGACUGAUGCCAAGUUUGCCGUAGCGGACAUUCUGGAGAUCAUGCAGUAG